AUGGGUGACGCAGCCUGUGGUGAAGGCCUCUCCAACACUGAAGCUCUCUUCUUCUGUGUCUCAGGAUCCUCCACAAACUUCAGUCUGGACCUGGUCCCAGAUCACGGGGACACUACAGGCAGAUCCUCUGUACCUGUGUGCUGCAGCACGGGGACACUACAGGCAGAUCCUCUGUACUUGUGUGCUGUAGCACAGGGACACUACAGGCAGAUCCUCUGUACCUGUGUGCUGCAGCACAGGGACACUACAGGCAAAGAAGAUCUGGACCAGUUUGAGCUGAGCAGAUACUGUGCUUCAGAGGAGGCUCUCCUGAGGCUGCUGCCAGUGGUCAAGGCCUCCACCAAAGCUCUACUGAGCUGCUGUGAGCUGUCAGACAGAAGCUGUGGAGCUCUGGCCUCAGUCCUCAGCUCCCAGUCCUCUAGUCUGAGAGUCCUGGACCUGAGUCACAACGACUUGAAGGACUCAGGGCUGAAGCUGUUGUCUGAUGGACUGAAGAGUCCUCACUGUAAACUGGAGACGCUCAGACUGGAGCAUUCUGGAGGUCAGAGGUUAACUCCAGGACCCAGAAAGUAUCUCUGUGAUCUCACUCUGGAUCCAAACUCCGCUCACACAAACCUCAAACUGUCUGACAACAACAAGAAGUCCUGGUCCUCCUCCUCUGGGACAGUGGGAGUCUUUGUGGACUGUCCUGCUGGGUCUCUGUCCUUCUACACAGUCUCCUCUGAGAGACUGAUCCACCUCCACACCUUCAGCUCCACCUUCUCUCAGUCUCUGGUCCCUGGGUUUAGGCUCCGGACUGAAGGCUCCUCAGUGUCUCUGUGUCCUGGGUCUGAGUGA